AUGAGUCUCUGGUACCAAGUACAACGUCAAACAAAAGUCUUAAAUAUUUUGAGGAAUCAAGGAAUCAGAAGCAAAUAUCUGCCGGAAAUCAUAGCCUCUGGUCUGAUUUUACAUUCUGGUCCCUGCAAGAAGGAGAGUCCUGGAGGAAGGUGCGAUCACCCAUGGUGUGGGACCCCCAUACUUGUUACGUCUCCGGUAGGGAUGCCACUUUCAUCUGUAAUUGCUUAUGAAGGUCAGUUCUCAGCUGAUGAAGCAAUUCGCUGCUGCCGGGACUGCUUAGCUGCUCUAAGAAGCGCAGCCAUGGCUAAUGUCCAGCAUGACAGGGACAGCCCUGCCAUAAACUUGCAAUUCUCAUCAUCCCAUGCUCUUCAACAUGGGAAGCUGUGUCCCUCAUCUGAUGCAGAAAGCAUUGUCUAUGUCCUCUAUUUCAUUUGUGGAGGGACGAUGCAGCAACAAGACUCCAUAGAAUCUGCUCUACAAUGGAGGGAAAGAAGCUGGGCGAAGCGAACAAUACAGCAAUAUCUUGGGCAGGUUUCUGCAAUUUUGAAGGCAUUUGCUGAUUAUGUGGAUAGCCUUUGUGGGACGCCAUACCCAGUUGAUUAUGAUAUAUGGCUGAAGAGGUUGAAUAGAACUGUGGAAGGAUCGUCAGAUAGAGGUAAAAUGAUUGAAGAAGCGGCCAUAACAUUGAGACUAGAGGAUGCUGCAGAGUCUUCUGGAGCUUUUGGGCCUUGA